AACCAUACGACCAAAAGGUCGUACAGUAACAUUUAACUCCGCCUUUAUGUUGACAUUCUUCUAAUACCAAGAGCACAUGACUGCUACUACGCACAAAAUCAAAACAAAAACAUUACGACGAUGGCUGAAGUCGAAGACGAUAGUAACGAAGAGAAGUCGAGAGAACUUGAGUUGAAUCUGAAGAGAGAAUCUGAGAUUGUAGCCGAGUUUUGUAACCUCCUUGAACAGUCCAGACAGUGGUUUAAAAGUUUAAGAGAUCUGCCACAGUUUGGACACAAGAGUUGGCAAACACAAUUUGGAAGAACGUUUGAUAUCUACACUAAGCUGUGGAAAUUUCAGCAAGAAAAUAGAUCAGUUUUGGACAAAAAGUAUAAGUUGAAAAGAUGGCAGAUUGGAGAAAUUGCGUCGAAAAUUGGCCAACUCUAUUAUCAUUACUACUUGCGAACCAGUGAAUGCAACUACUUGUUAGAAGCAUUUUCAUUCUACACAGCCAUACGAUCACGAGCUUAUUACACGAACGCAAGUAAAUUUGAAACGUCUGACCUAAUGGUGAAAAAACUCCGUUACUAUGCAAGAUUUAUUGUUGUUACUCUUCUUUUAAACAAAAUGGACUUUGUAAAGGAAUUGGUCAAGGAAUUUAGGCAAUAUAUAGAUGAAUAUACAAUGAUAUAUAAUCCCACAGAUGAGGAUGACUGGAGAUUGGUAGUAAAUGAGGUCACAUCAUUUUGCGAGGCCGAAUCGCUGGUCACAGUUAUGAAUGCAGACGUUACCCCCCGAGUGCUAUCGCAUCGCCUGAAUUCCGAGAGACCUGUAGGAGAGAGUGAGCGACCUUCGUUAUCCUUACAAGAGAUAAUCAUUGUAGGAAACAGAGAGAAACAGGUGAAAUUUAGUGAACUGACUCUGGACAUGUUUCGUAUGUUACAAGCACUCGAGAGAGAGCCAGACGAAUAUCAACCUUAUUCCUUGGAAAAUUCCACAGACUUCACCAAAGAUCAGAUGAGAAAGGAAACGGUACCAUCGAAAAGACCAAAUCCUCACAAAUAUUUGUUGUAUAAACCGACCUUUAGUCAACUAUUCACGUUCCUGGCUUCAGGAUUUAAGGAACUACCGCAAAAUGCUGUGAUGUUGAUCUAUCUAUCUGCAGACAGUCACAAAGUGGAAAACAAGCACACAGACGGUCCAUAUGGUCAAGGAGGUCUCAGAAUGUCCGUUCACAAGGGUUUACAGCCUGCAAAAAGUACACGUAUGAUACAAAGCAACGUGAAUGAGACAAACGCAAUAUAUCCAGACGACUUAAUACCAUUUACAAGAAAAGCAAUGAUGUUGAUUGUAGACAGCGAAACAAGUACUUCUUUUCAGUCUCUCUCAAGUGUUUUUGGUAAUCCUGUUGUUGUCUUGAUGUCUCCAUCCAAAGUUCCACAUGCGUUACAAGAUACUUUACGCAAAGGCAAUGUAUUCACACUGUUCUUACACAACCCAUUGGUGGCAUUUUUGUACGUGUGUAACAUCACAAAUAUUCAAGUUGGAUUGUGGGAGCAAUGUUGCCAACAGCUGCGAGGGUUUGAGGGAGAUUUGAUCAGACUCUUUACGAAAUUAUCAAAAGUUGUUGAUAUUUCAUACAUUCAAAUGAUUGACGAUGAAUUUCUAGCAUUGAUGAUUCGAAGAUUUAUAUUUUGUUACUAUGUAACUAGACAACAUAGAGCUUUUAAAGGUGUGGAGUAUUUUCCAAGUUGUUCUCCCAGUUUCCCACCUCAACUUAUUGAAAACGAAGACUUGCGCAAACGUGUGCUAACUCUCUCUUCAACGUUGGACGUACGAGGAUUGUUUUAUGAACUAGAAGACAUACCUUCCGUAAACUGCUGAGUAUACUUGCCUGAAAUCAUAGUGUGUAUUUAUACGUGUAUACAUGUAAUUAAAAUUGUUCAUUAUAUUACAUAUAGGUAGAAAUGUAACUGUGAGUUGACGCAGGUUUAACGACCUAAGACUACGAAUGAGAAUUUAAAUCCCUUAGGCCUUGGUUAUACGUCGCAUUUUUGGCGCGUCGAAUACAAUUCAAACAAUAGAUAAUGAAAUGGUAAUGAAGCUGGUUUAUUAUCCCAUUAUCAAUUGUUUAAAUUGCAUUCGACGCGACCAAAAUGCGACGUAUAACCUAGGCCUUAGUUGAAAAGGUAUUAUGUCACUCACUGACCUAGAAUUUAUAGUAUUUAGUGUGCAUGACGAGUAUUUUGCGCUGUCGUAAUCUACGAAAUAAUAUAUAAUAUCAAUAAUCAAAUGUGUAAAAUUUAGCUAUCAUCUA